AUGCUUAUCAUCGGCCUGACGGGCUCGAUAGCCACCGGGAAAUCCACCGUCUCCUCCCUACUCUCGUCUCCACCGCACAACUUACCCAUCAUCGAUGCCGACAUUCUCGCGCGCAAGGUGGUCGAACCCGGCACAGCUGGGUACAAGGCGAUAGUCAACUACUUUGGACCGAGCACGCCGGAGCUCCUGCUCCCAGAAGAUCCCCAGACCGGCCAGCGUGCGCUGAACCGGCCGGCGCUGGGGCGGCGCGUGUUUGGCGAUAGCGAGGAGCGGAAACGCGACCGGGCGAUUCUUAACAAGGUUGUUCAUCCGGCGGUGCGGUGGGAAGUAUACAAGUCGCUACUGUACUACUAUUUAAAGGGCCAUUGGGCGGUGGUUCUGGACGUUCCGCUGCUGUUUGAGUCCGGCAUGGAUGUCAUCUGUGGCGCUGUAGUCGUGGUCGCGGUCAACGACCCGGCCGUGCAGAUGGCAAGACUGCGUGCUAGAGAUGCACAUUUGACGGCAGAAGACGCAGAAAACCGAGUGCGCAGCCAGGGUGAUGUACGGGAGAAGGUUAAAAAGGCGCUUUUCCGGAAUCGAGUAGCCGAAGAAAAUACCGACAAGGGUUCGAGAGGCGUAAUUAUCUGGAACGACGGCGACAAGGCAGACCUCGAGAGGGAGGUCAACAAGGCCAUCUCGGCCAUUCAAACCCAUAGUCCCAAGUGGUGGUCAUGGCUGCUUCUUGCAGCACCGCCCGUGAGCGUUGCAGCGGCCGUGUGGAAUAUGGCGGUUAAUUUUGGUUUACAGAAAAGUUGGGAUCAAAAGGCCAAGCAGGACCGGGCGAAAUUAUGA